AUGUCGAGAAAAGAUUCAGUUGGCGUACUGAGCUGGUUCGGUGUAGGUGCAAAGGCCAACCCACAGGAGAAUGACGAAAAUGCCGCUGUCAGAGCACUGCCUUCCAACUGGUACACGUCAGCUGAGAUGUAUGAACUUGAACGACGUGCUAUCUUCUCCCGGAAAUGGCAGCUCAUCACCCACAAGAACCGAUUCCAAAAGGCAGGAGACUGGUUGAAGUAUGAAAUCACUGGCUUCAGCGUUGUGCUAGCCCGAGACCGCGAGGGAAAUAUCAAUGGCUUUCACAAUGUAUGCAGACACCGAGCAUACCCGGUCGUAACAAGUGGAGAGGAAGGUUCAUCAAGAAUCUUUUCAUGCAAAUACCACGGCUGGUCAUAUGGCAUCAACGGCAAGCUAGCAAAGGCACCAGGCUACGACAAGGUAGCAGGCUUCGACAAGGAACAGAACGGUCUCUUUCCCAUUCACGUCCGUAUCGACAAGCUUGGCUUCGUUUGGAUCAACAUGGAUGGCAAGAAGACUCCUGAAGUGCCCUGGGAGGAAGACUUCGCUGGUGUCGACACUCAGAAACGAUAUGAGCAAUUCAACUUCGACGACUACCAAUUCGAUCACGUCUGGUCGAUGGACGGCGACUAUAACUGGAAGAUUCUCGCCGACAACUACAACGAGUGCUAUCACUGCGCAACCACACACCCCGAUAUUGGAGCACUCGCGGAUCUACAAUCCUACGACGUACAGACCAAGGGGGCACAGAUAAUCCACGACGCCGCCACCACCGACGAGCAACGUGCCAAUGGUCUCGUUGUCGCAAGCACAUACUACUUCCCCAACGUCUCAACCAACGUCUCACCACACUUCUUCAUGAUCCAACGCUUCAUCCCACACUCUCCAACAACCUCAACCAUGCGCUACGAAGUCUUCCGCAAUAAGAACUCCUCCGAAGAAGACUUCCAACUCGUCAACAACAUCUACAAGCGCAUCAUGUCCGAAGACAAGGAACUCUGCAAAGCGGCACAAAAGAACCUCAAUGCCGGCGUCUUCGUCAAUGGCGAAUUACACCCCAAGAUGGAGAAAGGUCCCUUGUUCUUCCAGAAGACAGUCAGGGAAACGGUCAUGGAUCACUACGCCCGUGAACAGAGCGCAAAACAGGAGAUUUGGCCUGCGCGGCAGACUUUACCAUCUUCGAGUGUGGAAAGUCAGAAGGAUAUGGAUUUCUGCGCCGGUCUGAGUUGCUCGACUGCUGCGGAAGGACUGGCCUGGUAG